AUGAACAGAGGUAAACUAUUCCACGUAGAAACGCAUAGUGCUGUCGAUGAGUAUUAUGGCGCAACUGAUCCUGAUGAUCAACGUAGUGACACUGACGGUGAGAACUUUAAUGAUGAUGACGAUCAAGAUGUUGAUACCGGGUCUAAUAAACUCUGUUUGAAGGAAUACAGUAGUGGAAAUGUUGAAAGUGAUUGUGGUUACACUGACAAGAGCACAGGUUACACUGACAAGAGCACAGGUUACACUGACAAGAGCACAGGUUACACUGACAAGAGCACAAGUUACACUGACAAGAGCACAGGUUACACUGACAAGAGCACAGGUCACACUGACAAGAGCACAGGUCACACUGACAAGAGCACAGGUCACACUGACAAGAGCACAGGUCACACUGACAAGAGCACAGGUUACACUGACAAGAGCACAGGUUACACUGACAAGAGCACAGGUCACACUGACAAGAGCACAGGUUACACUGACAAGAUCACAGGUCACACUGACAAGAGCACAGGUCACACUGACAAGAGCACAGGUUACACUGACAAGAGCACAGGUUACACUGACAAGAGCACAGGUCACACUGACAAGAGCACAGGUCACACUGACAAGAGCACAGGUCACACUGACAAGAGCACAGGUCACACUCACAAGAGCACAGGUCACACUGACAAGAGCACAGGUUACACUGACAAGAGCACAGGUUACACUGACAAGAGCACAGGUUAUUCUGACAAGAGCACAGGUUACACUGACAAGAGCACAGGUUACACUGACAAGAGCACAGGUCACACUGACAAGAGCACAGGUCACACUGACAAGAGCACAGGUUACACUGACAAGAGCACAGAUUCAGACCUCUUCGGUGAAUAUGGACAUAUUCAGACCUCUCCUGUGGAUCUGGAUAGAUUCAGACCUCUUCGGUGGAUCAGGACAGAUGCAGAUCUCUCCUGUGGAUCUGGACGGAUGCAGACCUCUUCUGUGAAUCUGGACAGAUGA